AUAAAAGUUACGUCACUGUGUAUGUGUAGUGUGGUAUAGUGUAGUAUAGUAGCCGUCACGCGUGCGAUUCGAACGCUUAUCGAUGACAGCCAUUUCUUGGAUUUGUCAUAUGCGCCGUUAAUUUAAUUUAACAACUACGUUUCCAGUGACGAUAGUCUUCGUCGUGCGUACGUGACGUUUCCAACAUGGGCAACUGUUGCGGACUCUGCGGCAAAGAAUCGUCGUCCUACGAGGAUCUCACUCCUGAUCGGGAGACCAUACGCAGGAGACAGGCAGAAGCCGCUGAAAGGAGAAUAACUGAGCAGCAGCAACGAGGAAUCAAAGAUAUAGAGUCCGUCAAGAGACAACAGCGGCGAGCGAUGGAACUUGAGAAGCGGGAACAAGAAGCUGCAAGCAGCGCGCAACCUACACUGAAGUGGCAGGUGAAUUAAGCUGAGAAGAGAUGCUUACAAUGACUCAGGAUUGAGCUGCACAUUCAAUCGAAAGGUAUUCUGAAUUUUGAUCAAGCAAGACAGACCACACAUCACUAGCAACGCUAACAUAGUCACGCAAGUGCAAUCUUAUUUUAUACAAUUUACAUGGUAUUAAGUUGUAAGAUGCUUUCAAAUACCUUAAGUCAGAAGUAUUAAGUAUGUAUACACAUAUACGAUUAAUGUGCUCUAAGAUACAAUCGACACUGCUGCAAACAUGAUACAAAGUUUUGCAUCACUUUUCAAGCUUGUUUCCACCUCGAUCUACUAUAUUUACAAAAUUCUCUAUUUUCUUACCAGUGUGAUAAAGUAUACUCAUAUAUAUCAAAUUAUACAUUCGCAUGUUUAUAUAUAAUGUGUGUUCACACUUACAAAGUUCACAAAUAUAAAUUGUAGGUAAACUACGUUAUUAAACUUACGCUUUACAACAACAAAGUAAAAAAUUACAUUAUGCAUUCUUUUGCAAUAAAAAUGCGCUUUUACAAUUCAGAGUCUCAAAUUACAAGAUUCAGUAUUUAUGCAAUAAAAAACAAAAUAUGUAUAUGUACAAUAUAUCGAGAAACAAGACUAAAAAUUUAUUGUUUGUAAUAUAUGUAAUUACUUAUGUUAAGCAGAUUUUUAAAUAAUGGAGUACAUAUUUGAUAUCUAUAAUAUUCGCAAUAAUUAAUAUGCAAAAA